AACUGAUCUCACAAGAUUGCCAAUCCAGGUAUUCUUACACCAUACUCAGUGAUCACUCACUUUUAUGUCCAAGUGUUAUAUGCAUGUACAUGAGUGAGCUCACUGUGUUCAUGAUGGUUAUUUAGAAAUGCUGGAUACAGAAGUGCUGCUGUUGAUGUGUCCAUAGUUAGGCCGAAAUGGCUAUGCAGUGCUCUCACGUUUUCAAUGAUGUUCUAGUUUAGAUCUGCUUAUGAACUCAACUAUUAAAAUUUUAGGAGGAAACUGAUCGUUUUAUCAAACAUACGCACAAUGAAUUCGAUGCGGUUACCAGCUUCAUCAUUAAAACAUGUAAUUUAUCUGUUCCAUAGUUCACUGAUUCAUUUUCUAUUUUCAGCUUGAUAUUUAUGGUCAGUGUGGCACCUUAUCCUGUCCAAAGUAUAUUCCAACAGAUACCUCAUCAGUUAGUUGCUUGAAAAUGAUUCGCGAAAACUACAAGUUUUAUUUGAGCUUCGAAAAUAGUUUGUGCAGUGAAUACAUAACAGAGAAGUUGUAUAAAAAUGCAUUGAAAAACGAUCUACUUCCAAUUGUGAUGGGUGCAUCGAUAGAGGAAUAUGAAAGAGUCGCUCCUCCAUACUCGUUCAUUCACGUUGAUCAAUUCGAAUCACCAGGUAAACUGGCAGACUAUUUGAAGUAUUUGGACAAGAACGAUACUGCAUAUAAUGAAUAUUUUGCAUGGCAUGGUCAUGGAAUCAUACAUGAUUACGAUGCCCAACCUCAAUGUGCAAUGUGUCUGCUAGCUCAUACAUCUCAUUCAUUUGGUCCAUAUUGGGUUCCUCGUGUGGCACGAUGGUGGAAUGAUGGAUGUAAUGGUCGGAAAUUGCGUUGGAAUCCAUGAAAUAUGAAUAUUGAGAACAGAAACAUUGUUUUAUUGUAGAUUGUAUUGAAUUGUAAUGUAUAUAGUGCUUUCUGUGGCAUAGAUCAAAUUACAUUUGAAAAUGGACAAUAUUUUACACAUAAUAACAAUUCUGAUAUUUUUCAUGAAAACAAUUUCAUAUGGAAUGAUUAUGGAGCAACAUAAUGCUGUUCACUAUUCACAAAUGAUUGUAAUAUGAUGAUGAGAAAGGUAUAAAUGUUCAUAAUAGAGAAGUAUUGAUAAGGAAAAUAACGAAAAUUGGAUUUGAGGGAGGGAAAGUAUUAUCUUUUCAUAUUAACUUUCCAUCCUAAACUUCGACCAAUUUUAAUAUCAAUACCAUGGGAUUUAAUAAUUAACACCGUCUAAAUUGUAGUUUCAACUGAUUCACGUGAAUAUAAAUGAGUUAAUAAUUGGACAAAUGUAAAUAUUAGUCAGUUGGUUAAUGGCAAAACACAGUCGUGUAAAUGAAUGGACAAUAAUAUCAAAGGGUUUAUUGAUUAGACAUGUAUAGUUUCACAAUUGAUUGAUCACUGUGUGGUGAUCAAUAUCAUGUGUGUCAGGUACUUCUUAGUGCAGAUCGAAUGAUAUCGACCAAAUUACAAUGUGGCCACCAGUCUAGGUGACUCAACAUUGCGUGCACUAUGUUGAGAUAAGAUGGUCAGAUUGAAGAAUCUGUGCGAACCUCUUAUAGAUGUAAAUGUGAUCAUUUAAAUGAAUGAUAUAGAAACGGACGAGCCAAUCAGAAG